AUGCCAAACAUUGAAUAUAUUGUAACUGCAGAAUUUCAUAUUGACAAGGGACCAUCAAUUGUUCAUCAGUUUCCUAAUCAAUUACCAGGUAUGGAUAAUCUAUAUUUUUUACCUGAAUUGAUGUUACCUGAUCAAAUACAUAAACGUAAUGAAGAUUAUACCUUGUUUCUAUUGCAUCGAAACACCACUAAUGGGGAAUUUCAAUAUCUUUUCAACAAGAGUACAUGUGAAGAUAAUCCAUAUUAUUUAUAUACAAUUGUUGAUAAUCGUAAAAAUGAUGAAUUUAAACGUGGAGCCAGUAUUAAAUCAUUAUCAAUAAUCACGAAAUUAUCUUAUUUCAAAAAUUUCAAGCCAUUAUUAUUGAUAUGUUUGGAUUUAUAUUUUAAAAAUAAUGAUGUUAAAUAUUUACAAGAAUUAUAUCGAGUAAUUAAUGAAAAAAAAUUUGAAAUAUCUCCAGGUUAUUCGGUAUCAAUAAUUAAAAAAUUGUUGAUUACUUCAAUAUUAGAUUUACCUAUUAAUGAUAAGAUUUAUUAUGAUGAAUCAUUUAGAAAUAAAUUAUUAGGAAUUGGUAAAGAUGAUUUUAUUAAUGAAGAUUUAUUUAUUAGAAAAGAUUUAAGUUUUAAUUCUGUGAUUAAAUUUAAUAAAAUGAAUAUACCGAUAAAAAUCCCCAUGUUAACAUUACCUGAUACUAUUGGAGAUUAUUUAAAUCCUACAGAUUUGAAUUUUAAACCUAGUUUAAUUAAUAUUUUACAAGCUAAAUUAAUUUCAACUAAUUUGAAUAAUGAAUUGACGAUAUAUGGAUUACAAACUCCACCAAUUAUCAUUUUGAUUAAUGCAAUAUUGACAGGGAAAAAAAUCAUUUUUUUAAGUUAUGAACAUUCAUCAGGGUAUAUAAUUGAUCAUAUAUUAUUAACAUUGAAAAUAAUUACUGGAGGAGGGAUUUUAAGUGGGAUUUUAACUAAUUAUAAUGUUUUCCCUAUGAUUGAUGUAUCGAAAAUAGAUUUAUUAGAAGAAUGUGAAUCAUUUAUUGCUGGUACAAUAAAUCCAUUUUUCAAACAAAAUGAUCGAUUAUGGGAUUUAAUGUAUGAUUUAGAUAAUAAUGAAUUUAUUUUAAGUUCACAAUUACCUAAUGAUGAUAUUGAAUUUAAAAAUUCCAUUAUAUCAGAAGAUGCCAAAUUUUUAUCUAAUUUACAAUUAUCAUUAUUCAAUUAUAAUGAUGAUUUAACCACCAUACAAUUAAUUUUUAGACGACAUAUUAAUGAAAUAAUUCGAAUUUUAUUAAGUUCAAAAAAUUUUAAUAGUAAUUUGGCCCCAACAAGUCAAGAUUUAAUUUUAUUAUUAGAUGGUAUUGGUUAUUAUUGGGCUAGUGAUACAAAUAAAUUAUUAGAAAUUUCUUGUUAUCAAUUAAUUUCCAAAAAAUUCCAUUUUUUAUUAUAUAAUGGGAAAUUAAUUUAUAAUUUAUUAUUACCUAAUUUAUCUAAUGAAUUAAAUUUAAUGAUUGAUUUACAUUAUCAUUUACAAAGUUUAAAUAAUCCUUUAUCCAAUUCUAGAAUUAAUGAAAGAGAAAUUUGGUUUAAUAUAUUGAAAUUUUUAAUUUCUGGUAAAUCAUUAGAAAUUUUUUUAUUAAUAACAUAUUUAAUCCCACCAAAUUCUUCAUCAAGUUUACAAUCAUCUUCUGUUCAUGGAGGUAAUUUGACUAUAUUUGAUAAAAAUAAAGGUAUUGAAUUAUUAUUAUUGAAUUUAUUUAAUCAAGAUGAUCAAGUCAAAUCAAAUGUUAUAAUGAUUUUACAAGAAUUACAGGAUAAUUUUUUGUGUAGUUGGUGUCUUGAUAAAUUUUUGAAAUCAAAUUUAAUUUAUGAACUUGCAUUUUCAGAUUUGAUCAAUGAAUGA